AUGUUGAAGCUUCUUGCAUGGGACAAGAAGUCGCAUGAGAAUGAUCUCCCUGAUCAUGACUUUGCAAGUACAGAAAACGCCAACAAGCAUGUUGUAGUUGUGAUGGAUGGAAUGACAGAGUUCACCACAGAGCCUCUUCAAUGGGCACUCGACAAUGUUGUUACCGUAGAGUGCGCAGUCACACUUGUUGGGGUUAUGCCUUGGCUCAACAUUCCUUUGUCUUCUAAAACAAGAUAUGAUUUUUGGAUGGUGGAGAUGGAAGAUCCACCUCUAGUGAAAGAGAAAAAUGAGUGCAGAAAUGAUAAGUAUCUAAAGUGUCACGCAGUCAUAGAUCUUUGUAGAAAAUACGGGGUUGUGCCACAGAAGAAAAUCGUAAUGGGUUAUCCUCUGCGAAUGCUGGUUGUGGAACACCUCGUCACACUUAGUCCAACAUGGGUGUUGUUUGAUAGAUCUCAUCAAAGGAACAGAGAAUUUUAUGCUAAAAAAAUUCCAUGCAACAUUCUAAUGAUGAAUGAAGAUGGAAGGAUUGAUAUGAUCAAAAGCAAACAGAUGAUGAUUCAUAAAGACGACAGUUUUUCUAGAGAAUUUUCAAUGUCUUCAUGUGCAACACCUCAGUUGACAGUUUCUGAGGAAUCAAGGCAAGGUAUUAAGUAG